CCACCCGCCCAAUGAGAACAGGGCGGCGUUAGGGCUUAAAAAGACAGCGUUCGCCAGCGCUGUUUAUUGUGUUUUUCUCUCCGUGAAGUUCACAGCUCGACGCUAUGGCAAGAACAAAGCAGACCGCCCGUAAGUCCACUGGUGGCAAAGCGCCCAGGAAGCAGCUCGCCACUAAGGCUGCUCGUAAGAGCGCCCCGGCUACCGGCGGCGUGAAGAAGCCUCACCGUUACAGGCCCGGCACCGUAGCUCUGAGGGAGAUCCGCCGUUAUCAGAAGUCUACUGAGCUGCUUAUCCGCAAGCUGCCCUUCCAGCGCCUGGUCAGAGAAAUCGCUCAGGAUUUCAAGACCGACUUGCGUUUCCAGAGCUCGGCCGUCAUGGCCUUGCAGGAGGCUAGCGAGGCAUACCUGGUCGGUCUGUUCGAGGACACCAACCUGUGCGCCAUUCACGCCAAGCGAGUGACCAUCAUGCCUAAGGACAUCCAGCUGGCCCGCCGUAUUCGCGGAGAGCGCGCUAGCAGCGUCAUGUCUGGUAGAGGUAAAGGCGGUAAGGGACUCGGCAAAGGGGGCGCAAAGCGUCAUCGUAAGGUUCUUCGCGAUAACAUCCAGGGAAUCACUAAACCGGCUAUUCGCCGUCUGGCUCGCCGUGGCGGUGUUAAGCGUAUUUCCGGGCUGAUUUAUGAAGAGACUCGCGGUGUGCUGAAAGUCUUCUUGGAGAACGUCAUCCGCGACGCCGUCACCUACACCGAGCAUGCCAAAAGAAAGACCGUCACCGCCAUGGAUGUGGUGUACGCUCUGAAACGCCAGGGACGCACUCUGUACGGCUUCGGCGGAUAAACGUUCAACACCGAACCACGUCAACACAACGGCUCUUUUAAGAGCCACC